UUGCGUCUGUGGUCCUCCUGGGCGAAAGCUGAAGACAACAUGGUAAUGUGAGUUUGGAGACGAUGCUACCCUUUCACACAGACCGGAGAGAGCCCCGUGUAACGCUCAUGUGUGCUCUCGGUGUGGCGUAUCUGAACGAUGUCUGCUUUGGUGUCGUUUUUCAUGAUUAGAAAGGGGCUCUGGAGCCGAGAGAAUAACGGAACCCAGCUGACAGGCGGAUCGACCGUUGGACUGGUAAACACUCGGGCGCCUGUUAUGUGUCAGAGCCGAGUCUUUAACGGCCGGGAAAGCUAAUGGCAGAGGUAACGGCUGCUCGAUGCUGCGAUAGACGUCCGAGCUGAAAGCAGGUGGGCCAGAGAUGGGACAUGAAACCGCACUGCUUCAAAUUCAUCCACUCGAGCGAAGGAGGAUAGCCCCCCAGGCGAAAUCUCCUCGGAGAGCAAACGGUUUGGUAAACGACGUUACAGCGCUGUGAGGCUCUCCGUUUCACGCCCCACUCCCAAACAGUGCCACCGCAGCAUAUUCCCGUUUCAUCACUUUGCAGAGAUGUCCUUCACAAUGGAGGAUAAUUUGGAGUCGGGUUGGGUAGCCGUUCGCCCGAAUGCGUUUGAGGAGAAGGAGAAGCAUAAAUUUGUUUUCAUCGUCGCCUGGAAUGAGGUGGAGGGCAAAUUUGCCAUUACGUGUCAUAACAGGACGGUGCAGAGGAGAAGCUUUGGUAGGGACCCUCCUGCGGAUGUGACUGGUCUGGAUGGGGACAAAACAAAAUGGCCCGAAAGUCCCGUCAGGGAUAAAGCGUCUAGCAAAGGGGCCAGUGAGGCUAAAGCAUGCAGCCCUAAAACUAAGUCCCUGUCAAAACAUAGUCCUGUCAAAAUUCAGACUGCGACUAAACCCGCUACUUCGCGGGUUAGCCCCGACACCGACGCGUUACAAUCACUCAGAGAGGACCAGCUGUCUCCAUCACUGGACUGCCUGGACCUGGAGGAGCUGGACAGUCUGAGCAGGGAGGACUGCAGUUGGGCCGGACUCUUCUCCUUUCAGGACCUUCGGGCAAUCCACCAGCAGCUGUGCUCGGUAAACUCCGUCCUCGAGCCAUGCCUGCCGGUGUUUCCGGAGGAGCCGGCCGGGAUGUGGACGGUGUUGUUCGGCCCGGCGGAAGUAUCCGAAACAGAAAUGGACGAGCUGUGCUUCAAUUUACAGGUGUACCUGGGUCACGCGCUCGACACCUGCGGUUGGAAGAUACUUUCCCAGGUUCUCUUCACGGAAAACGACGACCCGGAUGAGUACUACGAAAGCCUGAGCGAACUGAGGCAGUCCGGGUACGAGGAGGCGCUCAGCCGAGCAAAUAAACAUCUGCAGGAGCUGCUGGAGAAGCACAAGACCAUGGACAGUAUGGUGGAGUUACUGGAGCUAUAUGAGGAAGAAGACCAGGCCUACGGAGGUCUGCUGGAGGCCUCCACACAGUUGUACCAGUAUCUUCUGCAGCCCUUCAGAGACAUGAGGGAACUAGCCAUGCUACGCAGACAGCAGAUCAAGAUUUCCAUGGAGAAUGACUACUUGGGCCCGAGGCGGAUUGAAGCUCUAAAAAGGGAAGACUCUGACUGGCAGAAGAAGGCUCAGGAGGCCGUCCUCAACAUCCAAGAGUUUACUGUGAAAUACUUUGAAAUCACUGCCAGAGCCCAGAAAGGUGUAUAUGAGCGUAUGAAGUUGGAUCAGCGUAAGUUUGGUAAGUCUUCGUGGACGGCGGCGGUGGAGCGCAUGGAGAGGCUGCGCUACUCAGUUGCAAAGGAAACCCUCCAGCUCCAGAGAGCCAGGGAGAUCUGUCUAGAGCAGAGGAAACACACACUUCGAGAAGAGAUGCAGAGUCUGUGUAGCAGUGAGGAUGCGAUGGCCCUCUUAGACCACAUGGAGACCCAGUACUAUGAGCUCCAGCUUCAGCUCUAUGAUAUCCAGGCUGAGAUACUACAGUGUGAAGAGCUGCUCCUCACUGCUCAGUUAGACAGCAUCCGUAGACAGAUGACAGAGCGUCAGGAUGAAGUGGUGUACUAUGACACCUUUGAAAGUGCGGAUGAUAUAACAGAGGACGAUACUGCAGAGAGAGAAGAGCUGCGCAGACUUCAGGUCAGCGCUCGACAGCUGGAGGCAAGGAGGGGGCGCAUCACUGCCAAACGCUCCUAUCUAAGGAAUAAGCGGGAAAUCUGUGUCUCCAACCACACUCAGAAACAGCAGAGACGCCAAAUCCUCCAAAAGGACCCCACAUCCCAGCUGAAAAAUGAAGAAGAGGAAGAUGAGAAAAGGAAGAGCAGCAGAGUAAGCCAGGAGAGGCAGAGAACACUAGACAGAUUACGCACUUUCAAACAGCGGUACCCGGGUCAGGUGAUUCUGAAGUCCACUCGGCUACGCGCGGCUCACAGCACAAGAAGAGAGCGAAGAAGCGUGGAAAUGAGUAGCUUGAGUGAGAGGGACGAGUGCGCGGACUCUGUUUGUGUGCAGAAGCAGGGCCAGCCGUUGUGUCUGAGUACCAGCGUGCAGACCGACCCCAGCCCCAGCUCCACGCUCACCACUCAGCCCACGACGGCACACACGGCAUUGCUUCCACCCCUGCCUGUGCCCAGUCCUGCAGACUCCUCCUGCUCUCCUUGCUCCUUGUCCUCAUUGCUGGCGUCCCCUAUCUCCCCUCCUCCUCCACCACCCCCUCCACCCCCGCCACCGACAAGGGAGGAGCUGUCGCCCUCUGGGAGCCCGGGGCGGCGGGGGCAGAAGGCUGAGGGGAAGAGUGCAUCAGAAGAGCUCGCUCUCUCCCCGCUCGGCCCGUUCAUCCCUCGCUUCUUUGACAGCAGCCAACUGGUGAGCGCCCGCAAAAAGCUGAGGAAGACCCCAGAGUUUGACGUCCACAGCAGAAAAGUAAGCUCCCCCAUGGACGAGGUGCUCGCCUCCCUGAAGAGAGGCAGCUUCCAUCUGAGGAAGGUCGACCAGCGUUCCCUGCCUCCUGCCAAGGGUGACGAUGACCCAAACAGCAUCCUGGCCCAAAUUCGUAAGGGGGUCAAACUUCGUCGUGUUCCCUGCAGAGAGAGAAAAGACCAGGGAGAGUUACCCCCUUCCACCGACCCCCUGACUAGGAGCAUCCACGAGGCGCUGCGCCGCAUCAAGGAGGCCUCACCAGAGUCCGACUCAGACGACGACGGUUUGGCCGCCCACGACUGGGAAAGCUAGGGUUCAGGGCUGCACCCGUAACACAGAUGACUUCAGCCUCUGGCACUGCACACACUGUACUGUACUGUAAACACACACACACACAAACAGUCAAGCACACACAGCCCAGCCACACAUGUACCCAGUGACUACGCCAGAGAGUCACAACAAUUAUCACCGACUCACCAAACGCUCCAAAGGUCUAUGGUCAAUCUGUUUUCAGUUUCUUUUUCAGACUACAUCAUCACAAUGGUUAGCAAUUAUGUUUUUACUACUACUGUAUGUCACUGUGGUUUUGUUCCCAUCAUCAGACUGUACUGAUUCCAUGUUUAUUUUUUUAUUUAUAUCAAAUGUACUGUUUCGCUGACAUACUGCACUGACACUUAUUUGUGAAACUGUAUAUGAAAAGUGCUGGUGAGCUGUGUGACCUCUUCACUCACCCUACAGCAUAAAAGAUGUGUGUUGCUGGUAAUUUGAAGUUUUUGGGAGAUUGAACGAUGAAUAGAAGUUUACACGUUCAAACUGGGAUCACUGAAUUUAGUGUCCAGAUUGUAAAUCAUUACAGCAUCUGAUAUUUUUCAUCAAGCUGCCCCCUCACUAUGUUGCCCAUCUGGUUUUGGCCCAUUCCCAUCAUGUGGGCAUGGGCGUGUCUGACAAUAUAAGGACCAGUGCUCAUCUUUAAAUCCUUGCCUCUGUGGCACCAGAUUUGCGCCCCUCCCCCUGCUCUUGUCCUCUUCUGGCCCUCACCACCCCCAACUCUCACAGCUUCUCUGAGUGAGCAAAUAUGUAUCGACCCAUCUGUUCGACCGCAGCAUAUGGCUGGGCGGGUGGAAGAAAUAGAGAGUGCAGUUUAUCAUUAUUUGUCACAUCUAACAGCAUCUCUAAUCUGAAGCUGGACAUCUACGGUUAGAGAGGAUUGGACGAGGGGUCAUUGAAGUUUGUUUGGUGAGGUGGAGGUCAAGGUUAGUGUCAGUGGUGCUCGUGGGUAGAUUCAGUUGGUGAUUCCCAAACUUCAUAUAAGGGAUAGUCACGGUGGAAGAGUGAAACUGGUCACGCUUGUUUGAGUGAUGGAUGGUACGUAGGAGGCUAGAUUCCCUCUGCACUGUGGGGAGUCAAUGUGGGCCGUGGAGCAGUCGGUUGUGAUUGAUGCGGUUUCUCCUGCCAUCUUCUCCACUUUCUCUCCUCCCCUUUAUUGCAUUUUUCCAAAUUUCUUUCCCUGCACUCGGUGGGCAGGAGAACACAGUAGGAGGCCUGUUACUCACAGUGCUGGAAGUGAAGAUAUGCACACAUGGACUCACACUCUAAAUUCACAGCCAACAUGUGCAAAAUCGUUUCAGUGACAGAAAAUGGUGUGAGCACUUUGAUGAUACAUAGUACAAAUUCUAAAUCACUUUAUCUGUACAGGAACAAUUAUUAUGCUUUAACCACUGGGGGAAAAUAUAUAUUUAGAAGCUAAGUAAGUUUAAAAGCACUGAACAAACUCGGUCCUGAAUUUUUGGAAAGACAGUACAAGAAUCUGCAUAAACAUAGCACAAAGAUGUGGAUUCACAAGUGUGGCUCUGAGCUUGGAAGAGCUUCAGCAUGCACUGUCUUAAACAGCUUUAAUGCAAAAAUGAAUAAAUAAAUAAUAAUUAUAAAAAAUAGUGUGCUUUUUCUCUUAAGCUUGUGUUGGGAGCCAUUCACAGAUUAAUCACAAGGCAGAAAGAACAGGCACGGGUGUAUAUGUCACAGCUUGAAAGUAGCUCAGUGCUUAAGAUGGUUUCUUUUUUUUCCUGGCAGAGCCAGUCUGAGGCACAACAAUCUUCCAUGGUACCCUCAUCAUGUAGCAUGAAACGGACACUGACCCGACUUUUAGCCUCAGACUAACUCAGACCUUACCCGACUUCACUAUAACUGACCAGGACAAAGUUUCUCCAAUGUUAGUGCUAAAAGUUAUGUUGCUCCUCUUAUCUGUGGUCAGCAGUGUGUUUAAAACUUUUGGGAAAGCGGGCUCACACCUGUGAACCGGCUGUUUCUUACCUGACUGACCUGACUGUCACGUGCACUUACCUUUAUCUAUAAAUAACCUCGACACAGCUGUAUUUUUGCACUUCAUUUCUUACUUUGUGUCCUGUUUUUAUUUCCAACGUGUCUCCAGCCAAAUCUUUUUUUUCUGAUGCAAUUGCUUCCUAUAAAGACCUGUAAUCGACAGGCUGACUAUAUGAUCCUUUGUCUGAAUACCUGUCAGUCACUUGAGAAGUGCAAUAUCAAAAUAAUGAAAUAUGAGAAAAGGAACGAAGCCUCUUCAUUGGUGACAAUGAGUUUAGAUUGAUUGCCUAAAACAGUGGACUUACUAAACAAACUGUUCCAAGAAUACCUGUUUGCCUUUUCCUAGCAUUCUCAUUUAUUCUGAUGUUUUGUUUUCUUUUUUAAUUUACAAUUUUGUCCUUGCAUUUGAAUAAAACCUUGUGAAGCAUAUUCUGA